AUGGCGCCUGCUUCGCUCCUCGACCUCGUGUCGGCUCUGCCCGCCACCGACAGCUGGGGUCCCGCCACCUCCAGCGAGACGAUGCUGGAUGGCGUUCCCUACGCGCCCUACUCGAAGGCCGACCGCCUAGGCCGCAUGGCCGAUUGGACUGAUGGCAAGGACCGUGACGGACGCGGCGGUCGCCAGCAGUAUGGUGGCAGGAACUACCGUGACCAGCAGGUCUACGGCGCCUCCCAGGCGAACAACCCCUUCGCGAUCCAGGUUGCCGAGGAAGAGGCCACUUUCUCCGUUGUCGACAACACCCGCACUUCUGCGAGGACCCGGGGUUUCGGCCGUGGUGGUGGCACCGUUUUCCGCGGCCGUGGCCAGCGCGGUGGACCUGCCGCGCGUGGCGGCAGAGGCACAUUCCAGCGCGUCGGUGGAAGGCAGCAGCAGGGCGGCUAUGAUAACCGCGCCCAGCGCGGUGGCCGCGGUGGUAGGCGUUUCGGCUGGAGGGACGACAAGCCCCAGCGCAACAGGGACGCCUCUGUCCAGGUCAAGCCGGACUGGACUGUCCUCGAGGAGAUUGACUUCUCCCGCCUUGCGAAGCUCAACCUCGAGACCCCCGACGGUGAGGACCUCGACAGCUACGGCUUCCUCUACUACUACGACCGCUCCUACGACAAGGCUCCCGGCGCAAAGACCUCGGAGAGGAAACUCCAGGUGCUUGACCGUGCCGCUUACAACGUCACCACUUCGAGCGAUCCCAUCAUCCAGGAGCUUUCUGAGAAGGAUGAGGCCACUAUCUUCGCCACCGACAACAUCCUGUCCAUGCUCAUGUGCGCGCCGAAGUCGGUCUACCCCUGGGAUUUGGUCAUCACCCGUCGCCGCAACCAGGUCUUCAUCGACAAGCGGGAUACCUCUACCAUUGACAUGGUCACGGUCAACGAGAAUGCCAUGGAUGCGCCUCUUGAGACGUCGGAAGGCAACAAGGACACGAUCAACAACCCCAAUGCCUUGAUGCUGGAGGCUACCCACAUCAACAACGUCUUCCCUCUCCAGGUCGUCCAGGAGGGCACCAAGAAGGAUAUGGCUCACGCUCACCCCUUCUACAACGAGGAGGAGGAGUCGGCUCCCCCGGCAUCCAAGUCUUACAGGUACCGCCGCUUCGACCUGUCGCUGAACAAUGAUGAGGAGCCUCUUCACCUCGUUGUCAGGACGGAGCUUGAUGCCGCUGUGAAGAACAACAUCAGCGGCGAGGACCAGUACCUGACCAUCAAGGCCCUGAACGAGUUCGACAACAAGGCCCAGGGCUCCGGUGGCGCCCUUGACUGGCGCACCAAGCUGGCCAGCCAGAGGGGUGCUGUUCUUGCUACCGAGAUGAAGAACAACAGCUGCAAGCUCGCUCGCUGGACCGUUCAGUCUAUCCUCGCAAAGGCCGACUCUAUGAAGCUUGGUUUCGUGUCCCGUACCAACCCCAAGAACAACAAUGACCACGUCAUUCUCGGCGUCCUCAGCGCUAAGCCGCGUGAGUUCGCCGCCCAGAUGGCACUCAACCUGUCCAACGGCUGGGGUAUCGUCCGUACCAUUGCGGAUAUGUGCCUGAAGAUGCCCGAGGGCAAGUACGUCCUUGUCAAGGACCCCAACAAGCCUGUUCUCCGCCUCUACCAGGUGCCGGAUAACACGUUUGAGGAGGAGGCUGAGGAUGGAGCGGUUCCAGAGCAGGACGAUGAGGAGUAA